AUGAUUCGUGAGAGAAGGCGUUGUCCAUCGUGGAAACCAAAAACAGGAAACUUUCUGAAGGGGCAUGGGGAAAAGAAAGUCUACCUCAAACAUGCAGGCAAAUCAUCGAGCAACUCACCUAACGUGGUGCCGGUACCGGUCAAAUCUUGCGAAGCUACUGAAGCCGAGGGCGAGGACAACUGGAAUUCGGGUACAUUCUGCACAACUGAUGGAAUCCAUCAAAAUUCUCAAGGACUUUCAACACUGGAGAUAAAACCCGCCAUCUCUUUACCUGAUAUGGCAACUUGUCGUUCGAUGUCGUCAGAAAAAAAUUCAUGCUAUAAUUCCAACCAUGCUUUAUUUGGAAAUGGUAGUGAAAUGGCAAAUAUAGUGACGCCUGGACUGUCUGCGUUGGGAUUGCCAGUGGGAAUGGCCACUGCAUCAGCAAUGGCGACCGCUUUACCAUCUUUCCCAAGUGGUUCGCUAGAAGCAAUGGCCAUGGCGGCAGCACUGGCAAGUGGUCAGUGGAAUCCGUUAUCCCAACUAUCGGUUACUAGCAGUUCGGUCAAAUCACUUGGACCUUUUGCUGUUCCGCCUGUCUCAAGUAUGACCACAACCUCCUUAGCAAGCAUAAAUUCAAACAAUAAUAAUAUGCCACGCAAAUCACCGAACCAAAUGCGCGUACUCUGUGACAUUUGUAACAAGUGGAUUUGCAAUAAGUACUUCUUACGAACACACAAGGCCAAUAAACAUGGUCUCACAGAUUCAGCUCAAACUCCACUGGACCUAGGGAAGUCGCAAGGCCUCCGUUCCCAUUCCGGUGCUAAAUCACCUUUGAACACACCACUUAAGCGGGAACUACCUCCUUUGAAAGAAAUGACACAUUUGGUCGAGCCGGAGGUCAACGGAGGUAACCAAGUUCAAAGAUACGACAGUGAGUCCUCCGAUUUCAGUUCUACCUCAAUGAAGUCUGGGGCAACUGACCAAACUGGUGGAACCAAAGAUGAGAAUACUACGAAUAAAUCAGUUGAUCCAUUUGCCCAAGCUUGGAAAUCUUACGGUGAACCCCGGACUAUGCCGUCAUUCUUCAACCAGCCAUCACCGGGCUUUCUAACUUUCCCAUUUCCUCUACCCGGUUUGCUUCCACCUGAAUUGAUAGCUCACCUACAAGCGAUGGUUUCAGUAAAUCCCAUCAUCGUUCCCCCGUGCUUUCCUGGAAGCGGCAGUUUUAUGGAAAAGGACAACCAACCUUGUGCUACCAACGUGAACACGACGGACCGCAUGGAUGUUGACCGGGGAUCACAAACUGAUGGAGAUGUUGAGGAUGAAGGAAUGAUGGUAGAGACAUAUCAGCGGCAAUCUCACGAGAGCAGAGAUCCGCUAAACCUAUCGCUCAAAUACAAGACCAAAGAAACUGUGACGGCGUCCUCAUCCAGUGGUUCGAAGGACGAGUUUGGGCUAAAACUGCGACCACAGAGUUGCAAAUCCUCAAUGAGUUUGGCGUUGAAGUAUCUGCAACGGGCACGUGCCACGCAGCACUUCCGGAUACAGUGGUUGCGCAGUGGAGUACCAAGCCAGAGGGGUCGAGCAACGUUCGUGUCAUCCAAGUGGAAACGCGUAAAGAUGUUUUCCGGUGUUUCCUGCCAUACAACCCAGUGGAGUCGUCCUAAGAGACCUCCAGCCGGCUUUCCUGCACUCAAACCAAAAACGGACAAAUGGAACCAGAACGAUCAGUUUCCGAGAAGCUGCAGCCUAAAAGUGUCAGAAAACAUAAAUUUUUCAGCCUCGGAAAAUCGGGAGUUCCCAAAAAUUGAUACCAAGUUAUGCUGCCCCAUAUGUGCCCCAAAUCUAUCCACUGAUUUCACCACGUUAAAUCAACUAUUGCAACAUCUGGCUCUGGUCCAUGGCAGUCAAACUCCUCAGAAGCAUUCACUUAAAGAGCAUGAUUCGACAGAACAACUUCAAGUCAUCUGCACAAAGCAACAACAAUGUGGAUUCCAAGUCAGUGAUUUGGCCAGUAGUUCAUCACCAAAUGGCACUUCGGUUGAUUCAAAUGGAAAGGCAAAUCCCGGUAAUUCUGUCACAGUAGACAGUCACGAGGAUUAUGACGCAUCUCCCUGCGUUUUAAACACACCGCCUAUAUCUUCCGCUAUUCCUGUAAAACAAACAGAAGAACUGCUUUCCCGAUGUGUAUUCCUUCCCCGUCGCCAUCCACUUGUUGCUCUUGCUGGUGUUUCAACUUUCAUCGCAGCCUUGAACGGAGUUGAUGGUACGGAGUCUUUAAGGCGAUGCAAUGAAGAAAAAUCGCCAAAAUCUGGUUUGAUCCAUCCUGCUUCAUCUGCCGAUUAUCACGGGCGUUAUCAUUACAACCAAGACUGCACCGACAUCCCGGUCACCAGCGUCCGCUGCAACAGCAAACAUCUUCCCAUCGCUGGGUAG